AUGCCAUACCCAACGACACUUUGUUCUGAUGACCUCAAGCGUAUGAAAGCGAGCGUGUCGCCCCCUGUUCAAAGCGACCGCGAGGCGAAACGUCUGGCAAUCAAACUUAAAUCGGUGCAAAGGACAUCAACAUGGCCGAAUACGUUGGAGGCUAUGCGUUUGAAGAAAGAUCGUUGGAAAAAGGACAAGGAAGAACAUUUGGAAGAACUACGAAAAAAAGUUGACGAAGAGGAAAUGCGAUUACAAUGUGAGGCACAAUCCAAGCAGAUUGAACACGCGAAUUGGCUAUUAUACGAACAGACCGACCGCAUGAAAACGUUGAGAAGUAAACAACUUUUAGCCGACGUUGUUCACCAUCGCACGCUUCAACUUGAAGAAAAGAAAAUGCUUAAAGAUCAGGAUGAUCUCACGAAUGACUUUUAUGAUCAACAAAUGCUUUCCAAAGCAAUCAAGGAUGAAGAAGAAGAACAACGUCUGAGAAAGAAGCGACUUGAAGAUAACGCACGUCUUGCAGCUAAUCAGAAACAACAGCUAGAGGAGUAUAAGCAGCGUUAUAUCAACGAACUUCGAGAGGAAAAACUAGAUGGUGAGCGAAUGAAAGAGCAGGCUGAACAGGAUUUUUUGAAUGAAAUUGAAAAAGAACGACAGCGAAAGCUGCGUCAGAAGCAAGCUAGUGAGGAUACGUUACUAGCAAAUGAACGGUUGUUAGCGUAUCGAGAGAUGCAGAAGCAAAAGGAGCGUCUUGAAGAUGCGAAACGAGAGGAAGAAGAACGUAAAAAACAAUUGCGCGAUGCAAAGCGCAUGAAUUUGCAGCGUCAAAAGAAAGAGGAUACACAAGCUCGUAAACAGCGGAUGAUUGAUCUCGCGACGAAAAAUCUGGUCAAACUGGAGCAGAAGAAUGAUGAACGACUGCUGAAUCAAUGUACCGAAGUACGUGUGAAGGAAGAUAAACUGCUAAAAGAACGAGCUGAUCGUCGUGCAGCGGAGAAAACGGCCAUUGCUUGUAGUCGUCGUCAGCAGCUUGAAUGGAAACAGAGUGAAAAGGAGCGCGAGGCUCAAGAUGCUCUGGAGUGUGUCAUACAGUGGGAGCAAUUUGGAAGACGGAUUGAGUUGCAGUCAAAGCAAGAGGAACAAGACCAGCGACAAGAGAACCUUCGACGUGCAAUCGCACAAAAGCAACAAGCGGAUGCUCGACGAAAAAUUCAGUUGGAUGAACGUGCUGCUGAACUUGAAAAUGAUCGAAAGGCGCGUUGUGUUUUAGAACAUGAACAGGAUCGUUUUAAAUCUGUGGCUCAACAAGCACUGAACGAGGCUCGCGAACGUGGGAUAACUAAUGUAUUUCCUAUUGAAAAAGCACUUGUAGAAAAACGGAUUGAUUUGCUCCAUGCAUCAGGUUUUCGCGUAUAG